CGCGUCACGUGUUGUUUUUCUCCACAACUGGAUCACUCGGACGCCAGUUUUGACCGCAGCUUUGCUGUCCAACGCGGCGGACAUGUUUGACACGGACUGAAUGACGACGCCGUCGCUUUUACAGCUUUUAUCUUUAACUUUGCGUGGCCGGGAUUGAGAUAUUUUUAUUUUACGGGACAGCAAUGGCAAGUCCACCGGGGACGGCGGGACACCUGUUAUCUAAUGGCGUGAAAAAGUGCGGCUACCUACGGAAACACAAACACGGACACCGGCGCUUUUUUGUGCUCAGAGAGCCGGCGGAGGGAUCUCCAGCCCGGCUGGAGUACUACGACAGCGAGAAGAAAUGGCGGAGCAAGGGCGCCGCCAAACGGAUCAUCGGCUUGGACUCCUGCCUCUGCGUCAACAAGCGGGCGGACGCCAAACACAAACACCUGAUCGCCCUCUACACCAAGGACGAGUACUUCGCCGUGGCCGCGGACUGCGAGCAGGACCAGGAGAGCUGGUACGUCGUUCUGACGGACCUUCUGACCGAGGGCAGGAUGUACGACAGCCCCGCUUGCACUUCCUCUUUGGUGGGCUUCGAAGAGGCCAGCUACGGACUGGUCGCCCCUGCAGCCUACAAGGAGGUAUGGCAGGUCAAUUUAAAAUCCAAAGGUCUGGGUCAGGUGAAAAACCUAACAGGGGUCUUCAGGCUUUGCUUGUCCAGCCGGACCAUCAGCUUUGUGAAGCUGAACUCUGAAAGGGCAGCAGUUUGUUUACAGCUGAUGAACAUCAGAAGAUGCGGCCACUCGGACAGCUUCUUCUUCAUCGAGGUUGGCCGAUCUGCAAUUACCGGGCCCGGGGAGUUCUGGAUGCAGGCUGAGGACUCGGUGGUGGCCCAGAAUAUCCACGAGACCAUCCUGGAAGCCAUGAAGGCUAUGAAAGAGCUCUCGGAGUUCAGGCCCAGGAGCAAAAGCCAGUCCGCUAGCACCAACCCGAUUUCGGUGCCGUCGCGACGCAACCUCAACAACUUGCCCCCGAGUCAGACCGGCUUGGUGAGAAGAUCCAGAACCGACAGCGCAGCUGCAACGUCCCCGGGGAGGAAGUUCACAUCCUGUCGGGUGAGAACCUCCAGCGAAGGAGACGGGAGCGUGUCGUGGCCUGUGUCCACGUCGAUGCCGGGGACCGGGACGGCUACCGGUCCUAACGUGGGCGCCCAACUCAGCCGGUCCCACACUCUGAGCAGCGGGCGUACUUGCAGGAUGCUCGAGUCGUCCUCGAACUUGCAUCACAGCCUGUCCAUACCGGCGUCCAACUCCCCUCCUGGCGCCUCCAGCCCCAUUAGUGUUUCUCCUGGGUGCCCCGGUCUCGCCACCCCCGACAAGGGUGGCCGACCCUUCAGCUGUAGCACAUCCAUCUCCGGUUCCCUUAGUGACACCGCAUUCAUGCUGUGCGAAGAUUACAGCUGUAGUCCGGUGGAAGCAAAGUUCACGUCCGACUCCUUGUCCAGCACCCCCCCGUCCCGCGACGAAGGAGCGGCGCUGGACAAAGCUUACAGGAAGCGAACCCACUCGCUCACUACGCCGCGUCAACAGAAGGUGGUGACGCCGCUGUCCUCCGCCUCCCUGGACGAGUACACGCUCAUGAGGUUGGCUCGCGAUGGAGAUGGACACAACUCCGCGUCGCCCAAAGUGAGCUACCCCGAAGAUUACGGAGACGUAGAAAUCGGUUCAUCCCGAAGUUCAAGUAGUAACCUGGGCGACGACGGCUAUGUGGCGAUGACUCCGGGGGUGGUACCGUUCUCCGGCAAGGUAGACAACUACCUACCCAUGAGCCCCAUGUGCGUCUCUGCUCCGAAGCAGAUCAUCAACCCCAGAGUUCGUCCCCAUGGGGUGGCCGCCAGGGGCUACAAGACCAGCUCCCCGUCCAACAUGUCCCUGGAGGACAACGGUUACAUGAGAAUGUGGUGUGGCUCCAAGUCCUCCAUGGACAGCCCAGACCGGCACGGAGAAUACAUGAACAUGUCACCGGGAAACCCACCUGCACUCCAGACCCCACCUGACUACUACACCGGGAGGGCGGCGUACCAGUCGGGUUCCUUAUCUCUCCCCGCCAAAAGCCCCGCCUCCAAGAGUGACGACGGAGGUCAGUAUGUGUUGAUGAGCCCUCAAAGUUCCUUCCCGAGGGCGUCGGAUUGCGACGACUAUUCUGUGAUGCAAGCUCAAACCUUGCCGCCGAGUCCGGCCAGACACGGUUGGGCGGCGGACAACCUGCCCCACAGGGGGAGGCAAUGCCGGCCCAACAGGCUGUCCCUGGACGCCGUCAGGACCCUGCCUAGCAUGAACGAGCACCCGCUGCCUGGGGAGCCCCGCAGCCCCGGAGAGUACAUAAACAUCAACUAUGGUAAAAAACGGUUCUCUCCGACUUCUACGGGGUCUGAAGAGAGACUCUUGUCGUCUUUGAGUCCCCACAACGAGCGCCCGAGGAACACUUCCUGUGACCUUGCCUUGCACCUGCCGGAGGCUGCGGUCCCAGACCGGUCUGCAUGUCCCAGUUCUGAAGAGUACCGUCUGGAUGGUGGGACCGGGCCCAGGGAGGGGACUGACGUGGAGAGCGACUACACGGAAAGGACGUUUGGGAUGACCAGCUCGCCCCCGCAGCUGGUUCCUCAGGGCUCCACAAGUGGCGAGAACAUCAGAGGGAGGAAGCCGGCCAUCUCAGAAGGCAUCGGCGUCUUCCUCCUGGAGGAGGCCCCCUCCUGCCUCCUGGACCCUGUCGGCUCCGCAAAGGUGAUCCGCGCCAACCCGCAAGGACGUCGGCGCCACAGCUCCGAGACCUUCUCCUCCACGGCCACGGUGACACCCGUCAUCCCUUCCUUCGCUCGUGGCGAGAUCGGGAAGAGGCACAGCUCGGUGGAGAACAUCUCGUCGCGAAGCAGCGAGGGCUCCGACGAAGAGUGCGGCGGCAGCCCUAUGGACCGGGCGGCGGGUUACCCGCACGGACUUGACUACAUCGCCUUGAACCUCCUGGACGGCAAACGCGAACGUAUGGUUGGCUUCAAAGCGGCGAGCAGCUGCAAGGGUGGCGUGGGCGGAUUACACAGCGCGCCCUACGUCUGCUUGGGCUUCAAGGAGGCUGCCACCACCGCCAAAGACUGAGGUAGACGUCAACAAGACACCUGCACUGACCGCAAAAGAAGGCACGCGACCUCCAAGCUACACGCACACACGGUUAAAGAUGGCUGCUGAGGGCAGGAUGCGCAUGUGUGUGUGUUUGUUUUUGCUGCAACCCAAAUGUGAGCACACAAACCAAGGUACCAAGACUAUUUAUUGUGACGACUCCCGGUGUGAGUGCGGCUACGAUAUGGCUAUGCUUUUUUUCUUUGCUUCAAAA